UUUGGACCUUACGGUGAUACCACGAGAAAUAUGGGUGUCAUAAAUUAUUUAUCAUCUAAAGAGGAGCUAGAAGCUAGAUUAGACCAGUUAUAUAAGAUGGACUUCGAAGAAGACCCGAAUCAUCGUGUGCCCAUGUCGGUUGAAGGUCGUAAAGCCUUGGAUACUAUGUCCAAAUCUAUACAGUUAGUGAACGGGCAUUACCAGAUAGCAUUACCCUGGCGUCACCAACAAAGUCUACCUAAUAAUAGGAAACUAGCGAUGAGUAGAUUAAAUUCCUUGAGAAACCGACUUAUCCGUGACCAGAGGUUGCACAAAGAAUAUAUUAAUGUGAUGGCACAGUAUGUUGAAAAGGGUUAUGCAGAAAAGGCUUUAGGGAACUUUAUUAGGUGUCGGGUUUGGUAUCUACCGCACCACCCAAUCUUCCAUCCGAAAAAGCCUAAUAAGCUAAGAAUCUUAUUCGACUGUGCAGCACAAUAUGCCGGGACAUCCACAAACAGUUAUUAUCAUUUUUGCUUUCGGUUAAUCUGAUCAGCCCAUCCCAACACGGGUUUAUGACCAAACGCUCCUGCUUCACAUCGCAUCUGGAAUUUUUUGAUCAAAUUACCCAGAGAAGAGAUGUUGGUCAGUCUGUGAUAAUUUUGUACUUCGACUUUAGUAAGGCCUUCGACAGCGUCCCACACAAGCUUCUUCUUCUAAAACUCUCUUCAUAUGGAAUACGGAAUCCCCUUUUAUCUUGGCUCAAGUCAUUUUUAGAAGAACGUAGCCAAAUUGUCCGCUUUGGAUCCUGCUACUCCAAACCUGUGAAUGUAACCAGUGGGGUUAUACAAGGAAGUGUAAUUGGUCCAUUACUAUUUCUCCUUUUUAUCAACGACGUUUGUUCCCUCUUUCAAUAUGGUAAACCUUUUCUUUUUGCCGAUGAUCUAAAAGUGAUUUAUUCAUUCUCAUCUCCCACAGAAGAAAGCUAUAUUUCAACAGUAAUCCAAGAAGAAAUAAACAAGUUGUACGAAUGGACUAUUUCGUGGAAUUUGCCACUUAAUGUUGACAAAAGUGGAUUUAUUAACAUUGGCCGUUGCCUUAACUUAAAUCUGGCUAUACACAAAUAUACACUGAAACCUCUCAACACUGUUCGUGACUUGGGUUUAAGAUACAGCGACAGUUUGAACUUUUCGGAACACAUUGCAUCUCAAGUAUCCAAAGCUAGAAAGCUCAUCGGAUUCAUAAUGAUUAAUUUCAAUAAUACCGAAUCGAGAUUAUUAUUAUACAGAAAAUGUAUCUUACCAAUUCUUGAAUAUGGUAUCUUAGUUUACAGUAACUGCAGGCAUAAUGACCUGAUUAAAAUUGAAGGUGUUCAAAGAAGGUUCACCAAAGCUGUUUUGGGGUAUUCUGACAACAAAGACUAUCACCAAAGAUGUCAACAACUCAAACUAGAACCUCUCUGGAUCAGGCGUAUCAAACUAAACCUUAUUUUUCUCUACCGGCUUCUUAACGGUAUUUCUUACUCUUCGCUAUCUACCCCAUCAUACUCUAUGAUACCGUCCCACAAUCUACGCAAUAAGGAAAAUAUUAUAGCGAUUCCAAAAACCCAAACAAAUUUACGCCAGAAUUUUUUCGUUAUUCGCUACUCAACCAUCUGGAAUAGACUACCAAUGAACCUCCGAUGCAGUGAAACUAUAAUCCGGUUCCGAAGUCUUCUUGAUGACUUUCUUUCCGAAAGUGGAUUGUGUCACCUUUUGAAUAUUAACGUGCUUAACAACGAUUUAUACAAAAAUGGUCCGUCAUCUAUCUAACUGACUGAAAAGCAAAGUAAAACCUUUGAAACUUUUCACGUCUAUUUCACUUUAUUUUAUAUUUAUCUGAAUAUACAAAGUCUGCUUAUAUUUGCAUUUAUAAUUAUUACUGUUAUUAAUAUCAUUAUUGGUCAUUCGACACAUUAGAUAUUCUUUUCAUCUCUUCUUGUCCUUGUAAACAUAUUUUAUCCAAAGUCUACAAUGAAAAACAAAAAACCCCUAUGUUCCACUUAAAUAAUUUUUUUUUUCCAAAAUAUUCA